CGCCUAAGGGAUUGUGACGAGGCUCUGCCCUCCCCAAGAGCCAAACAAUUAAAAACCGACCCCCUCGUGUCUGGCAAUCGGACUGACCCCACUGAACACUGCUAUAGGGUGAAAACUCAGAACCGUUUCUACCCUCUAAUGUCUCCGGAAACAACGUCAACAUCAGAGGAAUUAUUUUUACCCCAGAUUAAAACUGUGGCCGGCAAGCUUGGAGGAAGAGGGUGUGUCCCACUGAGGGUGGUGCAGGACGCCGGAGCUGAGGACUGCGCAAGACAAGAACAACAUGAACAUCUCCAUCUUGUGGUCAGAACCCUUAAUUGCAUAUUUAAGAAGAUUGAUGUGCUAUCCUCCCAGCUAUGUAACCUCGAACAGAAAAUUGAUAACCUCUGGCCAAAGUUUAAACCAACUGUAGAUACGGGGGAAUUGAAGUGCCAGAGGUCCUUACCUUCAACCAAAAAAAGAAGUGUGAUCCCUAAAUAUAAACCCAAUCCUGCACUGAAACACCAAGCGUUGUCCCUACAACCUAAGAAAAUCUGCCUAAACAUCGGGGCAGGGUCACCAAGGUGGCUUACUCUGAGUGGGGUUAAAAAGCAUCUAAGCAAUCUCCUAAACAUUGAAAUCUCACAAUGUGAUCUCAUUGCAGUAUUACCCUUGAACCAGCACCUCAGGCAACAGAAAGUGAUGCUUGCGUUUUACUCUCCAAGGAUCCCUUCAGCUAUCAUCAGGCAGAAACCACUCUUGGCUAGGUAUGAUAUCACCCCAACAAGAGUUUUUAUGGAUAGCAUGAUCCACCCCCUCCUUCUUGCCGGUCACGGCACGGAGCGGACUCUGUCGGAGAGGUCGGGAGUACCCCAGGACAUCGAGCCUCCUCUCCCGGAGGAUAUCCAUCCGCACCGAAACUGGACUUACCCUACGUCCCCACGAGCCCUAAAGAAACCCACUGGCACAAACAAUUCUCUGACCCCGCCGGAGGAAAGAGAGCUUUUAGCCACCUUUGGCGACCUUCCACCGAGAGAACAACAAGAAAUAAUUGGAAGACUAGAAGUACUUAAUCAUCAGCUCUUACAGGUCCAGAAGAACGGAAGAGUCUUGCCCACUUCUCAGGAUAACCCUGCCAGCUUUUCGGAGUCGUGUUUUAAGGAAGCAGGAAGUCUUCCAUACCUUAGCCCAGCUCCUAAACCCAUGCCUCCCCCACUUGUGGGCAAAACCCACCGACGGUUGGCAGACCCAGGUCUUGCCCCACAAGUUGGCCCCUCAUCCCAACUCUUGAUAAAUUUUGACUCGCCCUCCAAGAGUCCCCCGCUGAGGAGUGUAACCCAGAGUCCCUUCCACCAAAACAAUUCCUUACCAUCUAAUCCAUCAAUGCCGGAACUGGAGUCCUCUUAUUCCCCUGAGCGGCAUAGACCCGACAUACAAACGGUACCAGUACGCCGAGCAUCCCCUGUACCUUCGCCAGCACCAGGUCAUGGGAGUGCUCCACCUACAUCAAAAAAUGGCCCGGAUUUGAUUGAAGACCCGGCCGGACAUAUAAACCAAAUGGUUUCAUCGGCGACCUUCAGACCUCGCGGUGGGGCAGUCUCAGCAAAUCCAGUGGAGUUUCCCACUGAAGUGUCCGCCCUUGGGUUACCCAGCGGGAGACCCGUUUUGGCGCCUCAGUCAGCAUACUUCACUACCAACUUCAAGACUAGGUACCCUCAGCAGGUGCCUGCCAUGCAAAGUAAAAUAACUGACUUUUUUGUGGGGUCUGCCUUGCCUCCAAAGGACUCACAUCUUUCCCUGAAAUGACAGCGAAUUGGUCACAACAGGAACUCCCCCCUAUCAGUCCUCAGCUGGAACAUUGCGGGCUGGAGGGGGAAAAAACUUGACCCAGAAUUCUUGGAGUAUAUUAACCUGUUUCAUAUCAUCUUGUUCCAAGAAUCAUGGGAAGUAGAGAAAAUUGCCCUAAAUGGCUUUGAGCUUCUAGAACUCCCUGCCUGCCCCUCCCUGAAAGGAGGCCGCCCUAAAGGGGGCCUAAUAAUAGGCAUCUCCCUCAACCUACGCUCUAAACUUACUCUAGUACAGGCCUUGCCUCCUUACGCCCUUACCGGACUGAUUGCGGGGGAAAAGAUCUCACUUCCUAGUUACAAAUGUUUACUUGCCACCUGGGGGUUCUUCCUCCGAACUGGGCUCUAAAUGGGGCUCGCUAGAAGACCAUUUGCUCUCAUGCUAUGUUAAGUUUCCUAACACCCCGGCCAUAAUAGGUGGCGAUUUUAAUGCCCGCACAGCAGCAAAUUGGGACUCGCUGACCAAAACCAAAUGGUGGGUUACCCCAAACCUUAAUAAUUAUGAGCUGGAACAUAUCAUGAGGAGAACUUCUAAAGACCAACGAGCUAAUGAGGCUGGAGUACUCCUCUAUCAAAUGGCCAUCCGUCUAAAUCUGGUCCCCCUAAAUGGAACAUGCCUCCCUGAUAUUCCAGGGGAUUUCACUCACCUGAGCGUUAAAUCAAACAGCGUCCUCGAUUACCUGUUGGUUUCCAGUGAUCUACUUAAGUGUAUUUCCACCUUUAAGAUCGAGAAUGUACAAUCUAGUGAUCAUCUUCCCCUUGUAGCCAAGCUUUCCCUGAACUGGCAGUCGGAGGCCCAUAGACAUGCGACCCAGAUGGUAACCAACAAAUCCUCUCUCCAAGUAAGAGGAAUCAAAUGGUCGGAGACCCAGGCUCAAAAGUAUCAGGAAUUCUUUCAAAAAGAAAUCCUCGGGCCUCAUUCCAACAUAGGCUCUGCCUCAGACGAGUAUAGCAUAGUGUUGAAACGCUUUCACCAUCAUACGACUGAACUUACAUCCUUCUUCAGGUUACCACCCAAAAUAUUAAAUCGAAACGAGCAUACUUACGGUGCCCCCUGGUAUAAUUCUCAGUGCAGACAAGCAAGACAGCGCCUUCGCGCUAUAUAUGAUGCAUAUAAGACCUCCGAUGCAUCUACUCUGCCAGCUAGUUAUGCACAAGCCAAGCAAGUUUACAAACGCACGCAGAAAACUGCCAAACGCGAGUGGCAACAAAAUCGCUGGCAGGCCUUGAUUACUGCUUCAAAAUCACACAGAUCCAGGGAAUUCUGGUCGCUGAUUAACAGAAGGGCGAGGAAAUACCCAAGGGCAGUCAUCCCUGCACCGACAUGGGAAUUGUUCCUGAAGAAAUGUUUCUCACAGGCAGAUGCUCCCUCCGACCAUCUGAUGCAUCUGUUUUCCCACCUACCUAUUUGGCCUCCCACCGAUCCUGACGAAAUAGCCAAGCUAAUAGCCCAGCUGAAAUCGGGCAAAGCCCCAGGGCCCGACCUGAUCCCUGCUGAAGCCAUCAAACUACACCCAAAAUGGUGGGCCGGCAUCUUGGCCAAAACCUUCGACGCAAUCAACGCUUCUGGACUCAUCCCCAAAAUAUGGAAGGAGGCCAUUAUAGUACCAAUUCAUAAAAAAGGUUCUCCAAUGGAGCCGGAAAAUUACCGUAACAUCAGCCUC